ACAACGAUCGAAUCGCUCGCGCAAGCACGAGCAGAUGCUACUGGUGUGGUGCCUCCGAUUGGGCAAUAAAUAAAAAUGCAUUCGCGCGCCUCUCCAACCGAACUAUCUCAGCUCGGUUCGGUCGGAUAGUGUCGUGUGGGUAUCCCAAAUUGCGAUCUAGAUGCGAUCGAGGGUAGAUUCGUUGAGGUGUAGUGUUGUAUCUGGUGAAAGUAAAAGUGAAGAUAAGAUAUCGUUUCUAGAAGCUAGUGAAUUGUUUGGAUUUUGAUUCGAGUUCUGAGAAUAUCCAUUGCGAAGAAAAUGCCUCCAUUGCGUUGGGGAGUCGUUAGUGCUGGGACGACUGCACAUGAUUUCGUCUGUGCUGUAUCGACGUUGCCCGAGUCGGAUCACAAGGUGGUUGCUGUUGCAGCCAAAGGACUAGAUAAUGUACAAAAGUUUGCAGAAUUACACGGGAUUGCAGCGUUCCAUGUUGGUUACGAGGCAUUAGCUAGGGAUCACAAUGUUGACAUUGUCUACAUAGGUGCAGUCAACACAGUUCACUAUGAACUCGCUAUAAUGAUGCUGGAUGCCGGCAAACAUGUACUCUGCGAUAAACUCCUAUGCGUGAAUGAAGGACAAUCUAAGGCACUGCUGGACUAUGCACGUGAGAAGAAGCUAUUUUGCAUGGAAGGUAUGUGGUCCAGGUUCUUCCCAGCCUAUAGCCAUCUGCGGGAACGAAUCAAGAAAGACGACCUAGGAGACAUCAAGGAGAUCAAGAUGGAGCUGGGUUUCCCUAUCAGCAAGGUGGAACGGAUCCGAAUGGGUCAUCUGGGCGGAGGAACGGUGCUCGAUCUAGGGGUUUACAACAUCCAGCUGGCCUUGUGGGUCUUUCAGAAGUUCCCGGAUGAGAUCGUGGCCGAAGGGAAGCUGAACGAGGAAAAUGUUGACACCGAAAUGAACGUUAAACUUCGAUUUCCUUGUGGAGGAGUUGCCCAUAUGAAAACUAGCGGUGUGAAACAACUGUCUAACGAGGCGAUCAUCACUGGAACCGAGGGGAAGAUUACGCUCUACGAUUUCUGGUGUCCGAUCGAGCUGACCGACAUCGACGGAACGGUGCGAUCAUACCCCCUAGCGAACUCGAAGAUUGAAUGUAUUCUCAAGAACAGUGUAGGAUUACGUUACGAAGCGGAGGAAUGUAGAAAGCGUAUUAUGACCGGUGAGCUGGAGUCACCAAUAAUGGCGCAUAAGGAUAGUUUGGACGUGGCUCGGGUACUGGACAACAUUCGGAAGCAAAUCGGAAUCGAAUAUGCCGAAGAUUUUAUCUUUAAGCCGAAAAGAGAUAGCUUGAAGUGAAUAGGAAUUUUGUGAUUUUUUUUUAGUUUUCCAAUCGUAUGUUAACAAAGUUAGGUUCUACUCAAACGCCAACUGGUCAAAAUCUGCAAUGAAGGAACUUGAAACUUCGGAUCAAAUUAAAGAAUACUUAUUGUUUGAUUUAACACCCUAAAAUAUUUAUUUUAAUACAUGUGACAUAUGUGUUUGUACCUGUUCGAGUUGUGAUUGAGAUAGUUAAUAAAAUGAUAAUGUUUACUAUACCUAAAA